UCUUCAAGAAAACGGACAAACCAUCACAGGGGUGUAUGAUAUAUACCCCUACAGUACAUUAACCAUUCCAGUAAGUGUGUACUGCGAUAUGACCACGAUGGGCGGGGGAUGGACGGCCAUUCAGAAACGCGUAGACGGAUCCAUGAUCUUUGACAGGAACUGGGCGGAUUAUAAGAAUGGUUUUGGUUCACCAGAACAGGAUGCCUGGAUUGGAAAUGACGUAAUCCAUAAAUUAACGAAAGAAAACACCUCAUCCCUUUAUGUAUCCAUCACUCUCCAGAAUGGUACAACACUCUAUGAAAUGUACGAUCGAUUCUCUGUCUCCAACGAAGCAGGGAAAUAUCAACUCUUUCUAGCAGGACCUGCCAGUGGAACUUUAGGUGCCAGUAUUAUAGACUAUAGGGGAUUAAAAGACUGA